AUGGAUGCCGCCGCCACGCCCCUGCUAUCUAGCAACGACCCGUGUCAUCUCGCUAUGCGCUACCGCAAGAGCGAAAAGGCUCCGGCGGCGAGCCUCAGAUCCACAAAUCCGAACGGCACCAUACCCGAGACGCUCGUUACAAGCUUCCCAAUAUCGCAUUACGCCACUGUGAGCUUAGAGGCCCUCGGAGAGUUCGUCUACAUGCACACUGAAGACACACAGGAGAACAUGUUCUGUUCCUCCUUGAUAGGGGAAACCCAGCUUCUCAAAUCGACUUUCCCUGAGCUUUUGGAUGGUCAAGAUCUGCACUGGGAGUGCGAGCGGCUGCGGACAAUGCUGUAUGGCGAUGCAAGGAAAAGAUUCAUCUAUCGGAGGCGGAAGCCCUUGAGUCACGGGUCAUUGGAGUCGCUUAAUGAUCGAAGAAGCGACGAAAUAGAAGUCACCCGCACCACGUUGGAGCAAGUACAGGAACGCAACGCGAACGAGCCUCAAAUCCUUACUGCGCCAUCUGAUGAAGCGAAUCCCAAAGAAGCAAAGGAUCCAGCAGUCGCUACCACAGUCACUGAGCUUUGUUUGUCUGAGGAUCACCACGGUAUCGCAGGGAAUCAAGCACAACCAAUAGCAAAGACACCAGAAGAGCUUGCCAUGGAGAAGGCCCAGAAGGACGCCAGACAAUUUGCAUACCGCCAGCGUUUCUUGAGUCGACGGUACAUUUCCAUGCUCAGAGUAACACGUCCAAGAUGCCCUCGAGAAGUUGUGAUGUGUCAUUUCGACAUUCAAGACCACACCAAAGUCUCCGCUCGGGAUCAAAAACGAGACCCGUCCCUUGGCACUAUGGAAUACACAACCUUCGAUCGUGUGUUUGCAGCAUCAGCGCCUGAGGAGACCAUCCUUGAUAAGAUAAGCCCGCUUUUCUCCGAGCUAGCUGACCCUACGGGUAGCCAUAUGAUCUUUGGGGUGGACGGCUUUAGUGGUUGCGGAAAGUCUCACACUAUGGCUCAUGUGCUCACGGCUCUUGGCCAGGACUUGUUCGCUAGUUCAGUGAGGCCUUUGCAGAUCGCGGUCGAAGUAUUCCAGUCCUCAGGGAGGGAUGUGGAUUCACUUGACAUCUCCGCCACAGCCGUACAAGGUCUACGAAAAUCUAGUCAAGUUCCAUUGGACAUAGGACGAGAUCGGAUGUUCCGUAAGCAGCGACCACUAUACAUAGUCAAUGAGCUGUCCGCCUUUCGUCACCUGCUGGAAGAGACUGCAAGCUUCCGCAAUCAAAGUCCGACCAAAAACAACGCGACGUCCUCCCGCACACACCUCGUAGUUCUCAUAUACGUCACUUCUGGCGUUCGUCAAACGACAUCCACGCUUUGUUUACUGGACCUAGCAGGUAGUGAGCGCAACGAUGCUGCAGGAGCCGCGGGGAACUUCGAAGAAGAUGGGCGUACAAACAUCAUUAACAAUAGCCGCAUGAACAUACAUCUUGCGCUCGAAGCUGGACUUGUGGGUAUCAAGAAGAUAUCUCGCGAGACUUCGAUUGGAACCCUGCUCCAAGAGCUUCUAAUUGAGCGAAACGCCCUGCUCAUUAUGCUCUUCCACGUCAGCGUGUACACCCAACUCACUGGAGCCGUCUUGCCAACGUUGUCUACCGCUGAGCGUCUGAACCAAGCAAACCGCAAGCAUAGGCAGGGUCUCAGUGACAAACCAAGGACCAGAACUUCAUGGAAUUGA